GUACAAACCCCUCUCGGAUAAAGCCCCUUCCAUCUCUCUGGACAAUUCCUUCGUCUACGACAGAACCAGCCUUCGCCGGAGAACAUUUUCCGGCAACCAUGCUCCGAACUCUCUCUUCUCCCCCUUAUCUCGGUUUGACUUCUCCGUUCUUCCGCUUCUCUCGCCGCCACCGCCACUUCCCUCGCUCUUACUCGGCCGCCGCCGGCGCCUCCGGCUGUAACCUUCGGUGGUUUCAAUCUCCCGUCGCCGGUGGAAGACGGCUGUUUCUCCGUCGCGUACUGAGGUUAUCUCCCGCUGCGGCUCGCGGUCUCGGCGGACAGUUCUACGGCUUCUCCGUCCGUGCCGUCGCUACGCAGCCUGCACCAUCAUAUCCUGAUGUAGGCCAAGAUGAGGCUGAGAGGCUUGGAUUUGAGAAAGUGUCGGAGGAAUUCAUCUCCGAGUGUAAAUCAAAUGUUGUUCUCUUCAAACACAAGAAAACUGGUUGUGAGGUUAUGUCAGUGUCAAAUGAUGAUGAGAACAAGGUUUUCGGCAUUGUUUUCAGGACUCCUCCGAAGGAUUCCACUGGUAUUCCUCACAUACUGGAACACAGCGUACUGUGUGGAUCAAGAAAGUACCCCCUGAAAGAGCCAUUUGUUGAAUUAUUGAAAGGGAGUUUGCAUACUUUCUUGAAUGCAUUUACAUAUCCAGAUAGGACUUGCUACCCUGUCGCUUCCACAAAUACAAAGGAUUUCUACAAUCUUGUCGAUGUGUACCUGGAUGCUGUCUUCUUCCCCAAGUGUGUGAAUGACAUUCACAUUUUUCAGCAGGAGGGUUGGCAUUACGAGCUUAACGAUCCCUCCGAAGACAUAUCUUACAAAGGUGUUGUUUUUAAUGAGAUGAAAGGUGUCUAUUCGCAGCCUGAUAACAUAUUAGGGCGGACUGCUCAGCAGGCACUAUACCCAGAAAAUGCAUAUGGUGUUGACAGUGGAGGUGAUCCAAAAGUUAUCCCUAAGCUGACAUUUGAAGAAUUCAAGGAUUUCCACCGCAAGUAUUAUCACCCGAGCAAUGCCAGAAUAUGGUUCUAUGGGGAUGAUGAUCCAGUUCACCGUCUCCGCAUCUUGAGCGAAUACUUGGAUAUGUUUGAUGCAAGCCCAGCUCCUAAUGACUCGAAAAUUGAACCACAAAGGCUAUAUUCUGAGCCUCACAGGAUAGUUGAGAAAUAUCCUGCUGGUGGAGAUGGUGACCUUAAAAAGAAGCACAUGGUGUCCCUUAACUGGCUGUUGUCUGAUAAGCCCUUGGAUUUGCAGACUCAACUUGCACUUGGGUUUUUGGAUCAUCUUAUGCUGGGGACUCCUGCUUCUCCACUAAGAAAAAUCUUGCUGGAAAGCGGUUUGGGAGAAGCCCUUGUUUCUAGUGGAAUGGAAGAUGAACUCUUGCAGCCACAGUUCAGUAUUGGUUUGAAAGGUGUUUCUGAAGACAAUGUCCAAAAGGUUGAAGAAUUAAUCGUGUAUACUCUUCAAAAGUUGGCAGAAGAAGGGUUUGACAGAGAUGCGGUGGAGGCAUCUAUGAAUACAAUUGAAUUUUCUCUAAGGGAAAACAAUACCGGAUCUUUUCCUCGUGGUUUAUCACUUAUGCUGCAGUCGAUUGCAAAAUGGAUAUAUGACAUGGAUCCAUUUGAGCCAUUAAAAUAUGAGCAACCAUUGAAGGACCUUAAGGCCAGAAUAGCCAAGGAAGGUUCUAAGGCUGUUUUCUCCCCGCUGAUUGAAGAGUUUAUCUUGAAUAACUCUCAUCGUGUUACCAUAGAAAUGCAGCCUGAUCCAGAAAAAGCUUCUCAAGACGAAGCAGAGGAGAAAAAUUUUCUAGAAAAAGUUAAAGCGAGUAUGGCCCAAGAGGAUCUAGCAGAGCUAGCUCGUGCCACAGAGGAGCUGAGAUUGAAACAAGAGACUCCUGAUCCUCCUGAAGCACUGAAAUGUGUCCCAAGUUUGUCUUUGAGUGACAUUCCAAAAGAACCUAUUCAUGUUCCUACAGAGGUUGGAGAGAUUGAUGGAGUGAAGGUUUUGCGGCAUGACCUUUUUACAAAUGAUAUUCUCUACACCGAAGUAGUCUUCGAUAUGGGUUCUCUGAAACAGGAGCUUCUUCCUCUUGUACCACUCUUCUGUCAAUCAUUACUGGAGAUGGGCACAAAAGAUUUGACUUUUGUGCAACUUAAUCAGUUGAUUGGAAGGAAAACUGGAGGAAUAUCAGUUUAUCCCCUUGCAUCAUCAGUGAGAGGCAAGGAUGAUCCUUGCAGCAAAAUUAUCGUGCGUGGAAAAUCCAUGGCUGGUCGCGCGGAAGACCUUUUUAACCUGAUCAACUGGGUGUUGCAAGAAGUUCAAUUUACUGAUCAGCCUCGGUUUAAACAAUUUGUGUCUCAAAGCAAAGCGCAGAUGGAGAAUCGAUUGAGGGGAAGUGGUCAUGGAAUUGCUGCUACAAGGAUGGAAGCAAUGCUAAACGUUUCUGGAUGGAUGUCUGAGCAAAUGGGUGGUCUCAGUUACCUUGAAUAUCUGCAAACCCUGGAACAGAAAGUGGAACAAGAUUGGGAAGGAAUUUCUUCCUCACUCGAGGAGAUCAGGAAAUCCCUCCUUUCUAGGAAUGGUUGCAUAGUUAACAUGACCGCUGAUGGGAAGAGCCUCACAAACUCUGAAAAAUUCGUCAGGAAAUUUCUAGAUUUGCUUCCUGAAAACCCGUCUGGUGGACAUGUCUCAUGGAAUGCCCGACUUCCUUUCAGAAAUGAAGCUAUUGUGAUACCGACCCAGGUAAACUAUGUGGGAAAAGCAGGUAACAUAUAUGGAACUGGUUACAAACUUGAUGGGAGUGCUUAUGUUAUAUCGAAGCAUAUUGGUAAUACAUGGUUGUGGGAUCGUGUCCGUGUAAGUGGUGGUGCCUAUGGAGGUUUCUGUGAUUUAGAUACUCAUUCAGGAGUAUUUUCUUUCUUAUCGUAUCGGGAUCCCAACUUAUUAAAGACCCUCGACAUAUAUGAUGCAACCGGGGAUUUCUUACGUGGGCUUGAUGUGGAUGGAGAUACACUUACCAAAGCAAUUAUAGGAACAAUCGGAGAUGUUGAUUCAUACCAACUUCCCGAUGCCAAAGGUUAUAGCAGCUUGUUGAGACAUUUGCUGGGAGUAACGGAUGAAGAGAGGCAAAAGAGGCGUGAAGAGAUAUUAACAACAAGUUUAAAGGACUUCAAGGAAUUUGCAAAAGCCAUAGAUGCCAUCAAAGGUAAAGGUGUUGCAGUGGCUGUGGCAUCUCCAGAAGACGUCGAUGCCGCAAACAAGGAACGAUCGGGUUUCUUUCGGGUAAAUAAAGCUCUCUGAAAUCCCUACAAAUGAAAACUACACUUUCUUUGACAGUCCGAAAAUAUCAAAAUCAUUCAGUCUGCUAUAUAUAUUUUUUUUACUUCGGAUUUCACAGUAUAAAAACAAAGCUAUAUUUGCUAACAUUGAUGAGCUUUUUAACAGUAUUGAUAUUAAAGCUUAUUGUUCUUGCCUUCUUCA